AUGAUUGCACGGUGGAUUAUGCCAGCAGCUCGGACAGCGUUCCGCCAACGGCGGUUUGUGUCCACGCCCAAGGAGGUGUUCACGGAGCUCAGUGACGAGAACGACCCCAAAAGAGCGUCAAUUUUCGAGUAUAGCUGGGGCUCGUGGCUCGAGAACGACGUCGUCGAGAAGGAAAAAAGACGCACCGAAUUCUCCAUCAAGGGGCUCAACGACCUGCUUGCGCAGGUUGUCAAGCCGUUCCAGGGCUCAGUGCUGCUGCCGGUGGCCCAUAACGUGAGUGUACUGAAAGAUAAUGUCGAUCUGGUCAAAACUGGCUUCUCGCACAUCAAACAGAUCAGCUCCAUUCACGAGGGCAAACAUCACCGUAUUUACAAGCUGCAAUUGGACCACCAAGAAGACGAACUUGUUCUGAGAGUUCCAUACAAGCUGGACUCGGAAGUGUACACUGACCGGCGGAUCAAGUCUGAGGCAGCAACCAUGGACUUUCUUGCCAAAAAAUUAGGUCUGAACGUUCCCAGGGUGCUAGCCUACUCCAGUGUGGCAGAAAACCCUGUGGGAAUUCCGUUCAUGCUGAUGGAGUUCAAGAAAGGCGAGCUGUUGAUGAGAAAAUGGAACCCAUUGACUCCCGGCUCUGUGAACGACGAAAAGUCUAAAACGGAGCUAAUGAGCGUCAUUUCGCCCAUUGCUGAGUUCAAUAAGAAGGUAACCGACCUUACGUUCACCCAUUACGGGUCGUUGUACUUCAAAGAGGACGGCUUCGAGCACAUUGUUGACGAGCCAUAUGUUGGAGAAAGUGAAGAGUCGCUCAAGAACAGAUGGGUGAUUGGGCCGACAGUUGAAAAAGCGUAUUACAGAAACAAAGACGUCGAGGCUGCCGAGAUCGACAAGUUUGUUGGUCCAUGGACCGUCGAGCAGCCGCUAAAAAUGGUUGCAGACCUUGCUCAGCUGGAACUGGAAAAUCUGCAGAAACAGGGCCACGACCAGGCCGUUCCGGUGUACAAGAAGCUGGCGCAGGUUGCAGAGAAGCUGUUUGACGUCGAAAGCAAGACAAUCCCCCACAUGGACGCUCUGCUUGCUCCGAGACUGGCGUUGCCGGACCUGGACCCUAUGAACGUGAUUGUAGGCGACGAGACCUGGUUUAUUGAUUUUGAAGGCGCGUGCAUCAAACCGUUCCUGCUCAGCAGCUACCCAAAGUUUGUGCAAUACAGCGGGCCCAAGAUCUUUGAUCUGGAGGCCGACGUCGAGGACUACGACAAGCUGGACGACGUGGCCAAGCAGCAGUAUGAGUACAUGUUCUACCGUACGAGAAACCAAUUCUACUGGGAGCUAGCGUUGAACGAGACUAACAAGGAACUGCUCGGGGUGAUUUCUCCGGCCGUGAAACUUAUUAAGAGUGCAUAUCUGAGCGCCUUGGAUGCCAAGACAGAGAAGGACUAUCUGUAUGUGGAAAACGGGCUCGUGGAGCUGUACACAAUGUGGCCCCAUUACGAGAGCGCUGCUAUUGUCAAGGGCCCGAAUCCGUUGACGUUUAGCGAGCAGGAGCUGCAGGCAUACGAGACGGCGUUCCAGGACUAUCAGACAGAGCUAUCGUCAAUGCCUUUUGCUGCAACGGGCGGCUGGGUGCCACAGGAUAUGUUUGCGCGGUUGCUGGAGCAGAAGCUGCUUGUUGAGAAAAACGGCAGUUACACGUUCGACCGGGACAAAUUAUUACAAUAG